GGGCGUCGGGGAGUGCUCGGAUUGCCGUCCGCCAUCUUUGCGGCAAGAGCAAUUUUGUAAGAUGUCUAUGAUGUGCUCAAACACUGACCAUUCAAGGGGACAGAUCAAAUCCAGGUUCAAUUCAGAGAGGUAAAAGUGCGCGAGAAGUUCCAGCUAUGUGCCAACCAGUUAAUCCUGCAAUCUGACUUCUCUGCCCUUAGAGGAAAUAAUGGAGAUUCUAGCUGUAAAGGGAAAUAGUAAAAUCUGUCAUAAAUGCAGAUGUAGUGCUCAUUGUACAAGCUUCAAGAGGACACUUCCAUAAAAUGGGUGCCUUGUUUUCCAAAUGCAAAUGCAAUGAUCUUGCAGCCACCACUGAUUCAGACCCUACUGAAACACUAGAACGAGGAGAGUCAUCCAAAGGGAAAAAUCACUAAUUGCCAAAAUCGCAAAAGUUGACAAGUGAGAAGGCAGAAAUUGAGCAGUACAGCAUCUCUCUUGCAGAAACUCUCAACAGCUUCCGACAUCAGGAACUUUUUGUUGAUUUUCAAGUUGCUGUUAGUGGAGAAGAUUUUCCUGUACACAAGAAUGUGUUGGCAGCAAGUUGUAAGUUCUUUAGAGACUUGUUUAAAGUAUCGGGAGCUGCAGCUCAUUAUGAACUAACAAAUGUGGAACCGACUACUUUAGGAGAUGUUCUCAAUUUUUUUUACAUUGGAAAAUGCAGACUUCCGGGUCAACAGAAGGCUGAAUCAGCUCUCAGCAUUGCAAACUUCUUGGGUAUACAGGAUUUAAAGGAACCAUUAGAAAGAUACCUUUCCUCAGCAAAGGAGAGCUCUGCUUUUGACUCUACUGGCACCUGGGAAGAGUUCUUUUUUUGUCGUGAAGAGUCUCUUCUGAAAGCAAUAAUGGAAUUUUGGGUUGAGGGAUUGUUUUGUGACCUUACAUUGACAACUAAUAGUGGAAAGAUUGUUCCAGUCCACAAAAAUGUCUUAGCAGCUGUCAGCUGUUAUUUUCAAGGGCUAGUCAGGUCUGACAUGAAAGAGGUUCAUGAAAACAAUGUGGACUUUAGCAUGGUUGAUGAAAUAGCUGUCAAUGAGAUAUUGCACUUCAUUUACAGUGGAGAAAUUUCCAUCACUUUCCACAACAUAAAGAACUUGCUGCAAGCCACUGACUACUUGCUGAUAGAGCACUUGAGAACAGCUAUUGUUGCAUUUUUGAAGGGUUCGUCAACCAUGUCAAAUUUCUGGUGCAUAUAUGAUUUAGUAAAAUCAUUUAAUUGCCUGAGUGAGAUCAACAGAGACAUUCUACAGUUGACUCGUAGCAAUUUUUGGGAAAUCGCACAAGUAGAGGAAUUUUUAGAAAUUACUGAGGAAGAUCUCAAGUACUUUUUGUCAAAUGAUGAUAUUAUGUCCAGUGAGGCUCAGAUGCUGGAAUCUCUUAUCCAUUGGUACAAGUAUUCAAAGCCUCAAAGAGAAGAAUCAUUUAAGAAUCUUCUUCACUUAGUUCACAUGACCAGUAUUCCAGAUUUGUACUUGAAAUUUCUUGCUGAGAGAGAAGGUAUUGAUGAGUUACAUUCUUACACUGGCCACCAACUUAGAGCAAAGGUUUCACUAGAUGACUUGAAAAAAAGUGCACACUUCUACAACCUUGUUAUGUUUGGAUUGGCACGUGAUCCAGAUUGCCCUGGAAAUCAGUUGUGUUACUGGCUUCCAUUUGCUGGUCCUUGGUCAUACAUUACAUACUCAUACAGUUGUUUUGAAACAACUACGCCUUUGGUUUUCACCGGUGACGCUUUUUACCUACGGUUUUACGGGCUCGACCCUCAACUAACUUUCUUUAAGAACCCUUUGAGUGCUAGACAUUUCAAACACAGCUCCUCCUUGUGUUCACCAACUUUGGUAGAGCGUGUUAGUGAAACCACUGCACCUCAGGAUUGUGCUGCAGUUCCAUUGGGUAGCAGCAUCUAUUUUAUAGGUGGACAAGUUCAUUACGAAGCCUGCAGCACUGUUCAACGAUACGACAUUAACACACAAUCCUGGGAGGCUGUCUCAAGCAUGCAAGAACGGCGCUACUACCACUCAGCAAUCAACUAUAGAGACAGGUGUAUUUACGUCUUUGGGGGCAUUGAAGGUGUGGGGCGUAUAAACCGCUUUUACAAAUCAACUGUUGAGAGAUAUGGUCCACAGCUAGACACCUGGUCAUAUGUGGCGUCUAUGCAGCAACCUCGACGUAAUGGGUUGGCUUGUGUUUCUGGAGACAAGAUCUUUUUGAUGGGAGGAGAAAGUGCAGAGUGUGCUUGUGCACCCAAAUGUGAAGUUUAUGAUGCAAUAACUGAUGUAUGGCAGAUGGUUUGUUUCCAGAUGAAAGAAGUUUAUACUUUGAAAUCAUGCCAAGAUACUGGUACCUUCAACAAUGAAAUGUUCUGCAAUGACAAUUCCAGUGCUAAUAGUGAUGCGAUAGAAUCCGACCCUGUAGAACUCAACGUUUGUAUGCCACAAGAUGAGGAACUCUAUGAUCAUGCUUAUCUCUAUAAGCCCUCAGUGACAUGUUGUAAUGGUUGUUUAAUUAUCUUUGGUUUUGGUUCAUUUUUAAUGAAGAACUUUAGGUUACCAUUUUACUUUGUGGACCCAGACACUGGCAAUUUUAGAAUCUUGUAUUCAUUGCCAUCAUGACCCAGAGAGACGUCACGUGGGAUCAUUAUGCCACUCAGUCGAAGGGACAUGAUCAAAGCACUCAAGGACUACCCUGGAAACAUUUGUUAACUUGUCUUUUGUAAAAACAGACUGUGCUGUUUAAGUGACAGCAAGGAACAGUAAUCAUUUUGAGCGCAAGAAAAGGGAAACCAUGACCCUGGUAUUAACAGAUAUGAUAGAAACUACAAAUGUAAAAGGGGAUCCCUUAGGAAAUGUAUGAGAAACUUUUGUGGGUUUGUCUGCGUGCCAAAAAUAUUACUGAAAUUUGAAAUAAGAUUAUGAUAAUAAGAAACAGGAAGACAAUAAACUUAUCAAACUUA